AUAAAAAAGUAGGGACGCUCUAGAUAAAUUAAAAAAUGGCGACGUAAACAAAAGCACGUUACUAUUUUUUUUCCAUAUAAAAUUAAUAGAGGUAUUUAACACUGUUUUAAUAAAAUAAUCACCUACCAUGGCCCUAGACCAGACAACCAAGCUACUUCUAGAAAAAGAAAUGCUUCCAUUUCUGACGCCAUCCGCGCGACCCGACGUUAAAUCAAUUGCUGUUCGAUAUUUUUUGGAAAUGACGGGUUCUAAAGAAGGACGAGACUUCAUUGCAGAAGGAAACACAUUUAUCCCAGCCAUAAUUUCACUAACUACAGACACUCAGCUGGAUGCUGCUAAGGACGCUUUUCUCACACUUAUCAAUCUGUCUUCAGAAGAUACAAUAUCCUGGAAACUUAUGCACAAUGAUGUUACAUCCACAUUUAUAAUGGACUUGCUACAAAAAAUUCUACAACCUGACUUUAAAUUUGCUGAUGAGGCUUGUAGUAUUGUUUCCAAUGUCACUAGAAUACCAUCUUGUGCUAAACAUUUAGCAGAGCAGGUGCUUGCAGAUAAUUCAAAAGUUACUAUUGAAAAGAUAGUAUCUGUUUUGUGUCAAAUAAAUUAUAACAAACAUGCAGCGCUCCAUUAUUUGGGACUUAUUUUGUCAAAUCUAACUCAAGUUUCAGAAAUACGUAAAAUAAUAAUGGAUAAAGAAAAAAGAAUAAUACAAAAGCUAUUACCUUUUACAGAGUAUGCUGAUUCUUUGACACGUAGAGGUGGCAUCAUAGGAACUUUAAAAAACUGCUGCUUUGAAUAUGAUUAUCACCAAUGGCUUCUUAGUGAAGACGUUGACUUACUGACAAGACUGUUACUGCCUCUAGCUGGAGGAGAGGAACUAGAUGAAGAUGACAUGGACAAGCUGCCAAUUGAUCUUCAAUAUCUUCCACCAGACAAAAAUAGGGAGUCGGACCCUGACCUCAGGACUAUGUUGAUUGAGUCUAUAAUGCAGCUUUGUUCCACCAAAUGUGGACGCUUGUUUAUCAAAGAAAAAAAUGCCUAUGUCAUACUAAGAGAACUUCACAAAUGGGAGAAAGACCCAAAAGCUAAACUGGCAUGUCAAAAUCUGUGUGAACUCCUCAUAUCUGAUGAGCCAGAGCAAGGUAUGGAGGAUUUACACCAAGUGGAGGUUCCAGCUCAUUUACAGCAGAAGUUUAAUGAACUUGACUUAGCAUUACUGAAGACAUUUGAAGAAGAGGACAAAGAUAAGGAUAAUUCAAAUGAUUGUCAACAAAGCAUAAAAUAAAAGAAUAUUUAUCAUCUA